CAAAUUAAAAACCGCUUCGACAAACGUUAAUUUAAACUCAUUCAAAGACUACGCAAGUAGUAACGUCUUACUCAGGAACAAGGCCGAGUAACAAGAUGUUCUAUCAACCUGGCUCAACCUCGCAUGGUCUUGCAAGAGACCCGUUCAAGGCGUGUGUAGUCCCCCGCCCAAUAGGCUGGAUCUCAACUAGAUCAUCUACCGGACAAGACAAUCUGGCGCCAUAUUCGCAAUUCAAUAAUUUGACUUUCGACCCGCCUUACGUGAUGUUUGCUGCAAACCAGACCGAGACUGGUGUUCGCAAAGACACCACCGUGAACGUUGAGACAACUGGCGAGUUCGUAUGGAACAUGGCUACCUACCCAUUGAGAGAAGCCGUCAACAUCACUGCUGAGCAAAUGUCACCUGGGAUUGAUGAAUUUGAGCGAGCGAACCUCAGGAAGGAGCAAGCCACCCUGGUAAAUGUUGCAAUGGUCCUGGACUCGCCUGUCAAGUUUGAAUGCAAAUACCACUCGACCCUGAGACUUCCGGGCAACCCACCAAUGGGGUCUGUUGAUAUUAUCAUCGGCUUAGUAGUUGGGGUUCAUGUUUCCGACAACGUGCUCACAGAUGGCAUGAUCGAUGUCACCAAGACCGAACCCAUUGCGCGGUGCGGCUAUUAUCAGUAUGCCAGAAUCAGGGAAACAUUCGACAUGGUGAUCCCUGGCGGAGGAAAGGUUCUCUAUGGUUUAGAAGGCAGCACAAGGUUGAAUGCCAAAGAGCGCAGGGUGGACCCAGAUGGCCAAGCCGGAGGUGUAUCUUGAGACAAGGCAAUCGUCG